GUCUGCCCAGGAGGCUGCGAUCUACCAGCCUGCUGUGGAAGGGCAAUACACAAGAUGCUCUAGCUCUCCUAAAAGAUGAUGUCUUGGUUGCUGAUCCAGGAACCAGAUGCCACUACAGCAAUUUGGCCUUCUCACUGAUGGCACACGUGCUAGCCGACCAUGCAGCUGAGGGGCAAUACCAGCGCUGGAUCUCAGAGAACAUCCUGGACCGCUUGGGCAUGGAGGACACUGGCUUCGACAUCACACCACCAAUCCGCUCCCAGAUGGCUGUGGGUUUCUACGGCAGCCGGCAGCUGGCCCCUCUCUAUGACCUCGGGUGGUACAGACCUUCUGGCCAGAUGUACUCCACAGCUGCCGACCUUGCCAAGCUGGCAAUGGUCUUCUUAGGCACCUACCACCGUCGUCUCCUAGAGCCUGACACAGUCAAGACAAUGCUGACCCCUCUGUUUAAGUGCUCCACUGAAUACUUUGCUAACAAGACCGGCACACCCUGGGAGAUUAAUGAGCAAUUGGGAUACGAUGUCAUUAGGAAGGAUGGAGACCUUGACGGUUAUUCAGCUACCUUCUCUCUUAUCCCCAAGCUCCGCCUGAGCUUCAUUGUGCUGAUGGCAGGGCCCAGGCCUCAGGGUGAAGAUAUUGUGACUCAGACAUAUGAGUAUCUUAUUCCUGCCAUGGAGACGGCAUUCAGAGAGGCAGAGAAAAGCUUGAUUCCUCCUCCAAGUCCAGGCCCUUAUGUUGGCUACUACACCUAUUCCAACCUGACUUUCUAUGAGAUUAAAGUUGGACCUGGUGGGGUGCUGGUCAUGCAGCAGUUUGGGCCUCACGUGGAAGAGCUGAUUCCUGAAAAGUACCGGACAAUCAAGCUCCACCACCUGGAAGAUCGCGUUUUCCAAGUUGUUUUUGACAAGGAGUUCCCAUGUGUUCUGCACCUGGGCUCUGCCUCCAUCUCACUGGAGACCCAAAAUGGGCAGCUUUUUAACUUUUAUCCAUUCGAUCGCAAGGGUUUGUCACCUGGCUUUGAUGCACCAGGGCUGAACACAUACAAUGUGGUGCGUGUACUUCGUAAACCUGUAUUCUAUAGCUAA